CACCACAGUGCCGGCCUGAGAUGAUGUACUAGAUACGUAGGUAAUCUCUCCAGAGAUGUGACAGAAGUCCUUAUACUUCAGUUGUUCAGUCAAAUUGGACCCUGUAAAAGCUGUAAAAUGAUCACAGAGCAUACAAGAAAUGACCCAGAUUGUUUUGUGGAAUUUUAUGAACACAGAGAAACAGCUGCUGCAUUAGCUGCUAUGAAUGGGAGAAAAAUUCUGGGAAAGGAGGUCAAAGUAAACUGGGCAACAACACCAAGUAGCCAGAAAAAAGAUACCUCCAAUCAUUUCCACGUGUUUGUUGGAGAUUUGAGUCCAGAAAUUACAACAGGAGAUAUCAAAUCAACAUUUGCCCCCUUUGGUAAAAUAUCGGAUGCCCGGGUAGUUAAAGUCAUGGCAACGGGAAAAUCCAAAGGCUAUGGUUUUGUAUCUUUGUAUAAUAAACUGGAUGCAGAAAAUGCUAUUGUACAUAUGGGAGGUCAGUGGUUGGGUGGUCAUCAAAUCAGAACGAACUGGGCCACACGUAAACCACCUGCACCUAAAAGUACACAAGAAAAUAACUCUAAGCAGUUGAGAUUUGAAGAUGUAGUCAACCAGUCUAGUCCAAAAAAUUAUACUGUGUACUGUGGAGGAAUUGCUUCUGGGUUAACAGAUCAGCUUAUGAGACAGACAUUUUUUCCAUUUGGACAAAUUAUGGAACUAAGAGUUUUUCCAGAGAAGGGUUAUUCGUUUGUCAGAUUUCCCACCCAUGAAAGUGCGGCGCAUGCCAUUGUUUCAGUGAAUGGUACUACGAUUGAAGGACAUGUGGUUAAAUGCUAUUGGGGUAAAGAAUCUCCUGAUAUGACUAAAAACUUCCAACAGGUCGACUAUAGUCAGUGGGGCCAAUGGAGCCAAGUGUAUGGAAACCCACAACAGUAUGGACAGUAUAUGGCAAAUGGGUGUCAAGUACCGCCGUACGGAGUAUAUGGGCCACCAUGGAAUCAACAAGGAUUUGGAGUAGAUCAAUCACCUUCUGCUGCUUGGAUGGGUGGAUUCAGUGCUCAGCCUCCCCAAGGACAAGCUCCUCCCCCUGUAAUGCCUCCUCCUAACCAAGCUGGAUAUGGUAUGGCAAGUUACCAAACACAGUGAGCUGGGAUUCCAACAAAAUUGUAAUUCAUGAUAGGCUUUGAUUUCCUGUGACACUCUGAAGACAUGAAAGUAGACAUCGGAAAAUGGAAAUAUUUAUUUUAAAAAUUGAAAUGU